AUGCAGUCUGUCCCGCAAAACAGUAGCUUUCGCGCUGCAGUUCUUGAAUCCGAGAUUGACUACUAUCGAAACAAAAUGAGAAAUUUGGAGGGUCUCAAUCGUCGCUGCGGCGGUGCGAUUUGUCCGAAUUUCUCCGAAUAUGUUCUCCAAUUCGUUCGCUUGUUCGAUGGGAUGCGUCUUUGCGCCGAUGAUUAUCGUCGCGGCUUCGGUGAUCCGACUAGAGCAAGAAUGCUCAUAACGGAAUCGACAAUUCUCUACAGUCGAGUCGAGCAACAUUUUCAACCGAUCUUCCGAUGGGCUCGAUACGACAAUUCCUAA